CAGGCGUCGCGAUGGGGCUCGUUUCUACAGCAGGCCGUGGCGGGCGUCGAGUCCCGCUUGGACAACAUCCUGGCCGAGUCGGACGAUGAUCGCAGUGCGACGCCACCCGCGGCGGCUGCUUCUGCUGCUGCUGCUACGACGACAACGACAACGACGACUGCCAACUCUCGGGCAUCGUCGACUAGCCGCGCAAAUGACCGACUACAAGCAAGACUGGCCAAGGCCUUGGCUAACAAGAAUGCGCUUUCGCCGGCGAAUGCGUCACCACGCAGCUCCUUCGAUGCGGCCAGCCGAAGCUCCAUGGAGAGGCCCUCGAUGGAUCAAGACCAGUCUGAGAAUCUGCCGGGACAGAAGCCCGCAUCCGAGACGGAGUCGCCUCAAAUUGUCCCUGAUCCCACAAACACCUCUACGGAGACGACGACUACGGAGACGACCGCAAUACCGAUAACAAUAACGGACGAUGAUGCGGCUAUAGAGUCUACUUCGGAGCCGGCGGCUGAAAACGCAGAGGAUACCCCUUUAGGAACGGAAGAGGCACAGACGCUCAAAGAGGCACAGACGCUCAAAGAGGUACCUUCAAAAGAAGAGGAGGAAAUAUCGACAAAAGUGGUGAAAGACGAAACUCUGACAGGUACCCCUGGUGCGGCAACAACGGUUGUAGAAAAUGGGCCUGGUGCCGACGAAUUAGCUCGCGAGCUUGAGGAGGCAAAGUUGCGACAUCGAGAGGAGAUUCAAGAGUACGUUGAACGGAUAGACUCUAUACAGUCCAAGCUCCAAUAUCUCUCUAAAAAUGCCGCCGACUCUGCAAAGCAGGCUGCGUCAGCUGCCCCAUCUGGUAGCCAGGAAAAGAAGCUUGCGGAGAAGGAUGAGCGGAUCGCGCUGCUGAUGGAGGAAGGCCAGAAAUUAGCUGGAGCAGAGCAAAAGUACCGAGCAGCGAUCAAGGCUUUGCGGCUUCAGGUGGGCGAGCGCGACAAGCAGUUGGACGAAGCACGGAAAGCAAAGGACAAAAUGUCACUCGAUAUCCAAGCGCUGCGCGACCGCUUAGACGGAGAUGAAGAGAAGGAAAAGCGCCAGCAGGAGGCCACCAAAGCGACAGCGGCUCUGCGGAAGGAAAUUGACAUCUUGAAGAAGGACAAUGCCAACAAGGAUGCUACGAUUCGUCGGCUUGAACAGGAGGUAAAGUCAAAAGAGGAACAAGGCCGGGUUGCCAAGGCGGAUGCUGUGAGCAAGGCGUUGGCCGCAGAGCGAGUGAAGCAAAAGGAACUCGAAGAGGCAAAUGAUGCUAUUCGAGCGGAAUUAGAGGCUCUAGGCGAGAAAGCCCGACUGGAUGCCAUAGAAGCGAGCGAAAAGCUUGAGCGUGCCAUUCAGCGCGGUAACACCGUCGAGGCCGAGCUACGUCUUGAGCUUCGGAGCAUGGAGGGCAAGCUGGAAGGUGUACGAGUAACCGCGGAAGAAGCUGCCUCUAGCACAGGAGGUGAGGCUCAGGCUAAGCUGUUCCGGCAGAUAGAGACGUUGCAGUCACAGUAUGCGUCGGCCAGGCAAAAUUGGCAGGGCAUUGAAGCGUCUUUGAUGUCGAAAACGACCAGCCUGGAGAGCGAGAGAGACGAAGCACAGCGUCGAGAGUCUGAAAUGCGCAAGAAGGCACGGGAUGCGGUACGUCUGACAUGUUCUGAUCAAUUCCAACCCUUUUUCUGUCGAUAUUCAUCUGCCAAGCGUAGCAGAAUUCUGGAAGAUGAGCUACAAGAUGCCCAGAUGCAACUGGAAACCUGCCGCGAGGACUUGGCUGCUCUCCAAAAGACCUCAAAAGCUACCGAGACGGCCCUCGAACAAACCCGCACAGAUCUAGACAAGGAGAAGCAGGCUGCAAGCAGAGCCUUUACGGCUGAAUCAGGGAGACAAUGGAUCGAUGAAGUUGCGGGUGCAGCGCCAUCACGAACCCAAAGCCGACCAGAGUCGCCAUUACUCUCCGUCCCACGAACAUUCAGCUCCGAAGCUGUCUCAUUAUCUGUUCCCAACCGCAUUCGACGAUCUCCCACUCCUGUAAAUAUACUAGAUACCGCAGCAGAAGGAUUCAGUCCUCUUCGCCGGUCUUCCGCAUACCUACCGCCUCGUAUAGGGACAGGGCCGCUGUCACUUUCCGGAUCCGUUCCUCCAUCUCCCUUCUCUCCUCUGGAUCAGCCGUUGGAAUCACCACCGACAAUACCUCCGUCUGUGACAGAGAGAGAAAAUGGAAUCAGCGAUACGGCCCCUUCGUCGCCUCGCAAUCUAGCACAAGAUAUGAUUUCAGUGUCAACGGUGGCGGCAGGUCCGUCUGUUCAAUUAGUAGAACGGAUGAGUGCCGCAAUUCGUCGUCUGGAAGCCGAAAGAGUUGCUGCCAAGGAAGAGAUGGCGAGGGUCUGUAGUCAGAGAGAUGAGGCGAGGUCAGAUAUGGUGAGCCUGAUGAAGGAUUUGGAGGACGCAAAGGCAGCAUCUGCAAGGGUGCCGGAUCUGGAAAAGGAAGUUGCCGACCUGGAUACGAGAUACCAAACCACCUUGGAGUUGUUAGGAGAGAAGAGUGAGCUGGUUGAGGAGCUGAGAGCGGAUGUAGAUGAUGUGAAGACGAUGUAUCGGGAACUGGUAGAGCGAACUGUAAAAUAA